UUUGAAAAAGUCGUAUAUAAGAGCACUGAUUUUUGUUCAAUUACACCAAUUGAAUUUUUAAUUAUCUUACUUCUGUAAAUAGUUAAAAUGGUAUUUCUUCAACUUUUUUGUGUUUUAGUGGUGCUUGUUCAGUUAUCUCAACAGGCCGCAAUUGAAAACAGAAUUGUUAAUGGUCAGAGAGUAAAAUCUAUAAAAGAAUACCCAUAUCAAGUGGCACUGUUUAGAAAAAAUUCUAGAUUAGGCGCUUAUCAACGGCAAUGUGGAGGAUCUAUAAUAUCAAAAAAAUAUAUUCUUACAGCCGCUCAUUGCGUAACUAUUGAAUAUACAAUGCAAAAAUUACCAGCUGAACAGGUCUUUGUUAUAGCGGGAAAAACAAGUGUAGCCAAAUUUGAUAAACAACUAGCUCACAUAAGUAAUCAAAUAACAGUACAUCCAAAUUACAAAUUAGAGCUCAAUUCCGAAGGACACAUUGUAAAAGUAUCAAAUGAUAUUGCUCUAAUAAAUCUUAAGGAUCCUUUAGAAUUAUCUGAAGAAAUUAAUAAAGUCAGGUUACCAAAAAAACCCGAAUCAAUUUCUUGGUUUUACGGUAAAACGGCGGUAGCAACUGGAUUUGGCCUAAUGGAUAACAAUGAACCCACUACAAAUUUAUAUGCUGUGAAACUUACAAUCCCUGAGGAAGAUAAAUGCAUCCGAGAUAAUGGAAAGCUGAUAUGUAUACCUGAAGACGAAAGCCACAGAGGAAUCGCUAAGGGUGACUCUGGAGGGCCCCUAGUUGUAAAUGGGGUACUAUGUGGAGUGAUACGUGGAAGUACAGAGUUUAUAUCCGAAUCAAGUAAUUUAUCAAGACUCUUCAUCUUUACUAAUGUCAUUUACUACAGGGACUGGAUAUCUGAGAACUCCGAUGUCGAUGAACAUAAUACCGAUAAUAGUAACCAUCUUAAGGACACUAGUAUUGAAAUACGAUAAGUCAAAGAUGUUACUGUUAAUUUUAUUACAUCAGUAAUAAUAAAAAUAAAUAACCUUUACAGAAAA